CUGUGUAUCUGUAUUUCCUGUAUUCUCCUGCGUGAUUGCAUUGCGUAUUGUGUAUUGCAUAUGUUCCCAGACUAUCAUUAACUGGCUGCUUAGAGUUACUGUGUGUUUGCCGACAGGAUUUGUCUGACUGUCUGUGGAGUAUCUUAAGGAUAUACAUAGUGUGGAUCCAUGGGUCUAUUCAGUCCACGAGUAAGACAAUCGGAAUUAUAUUGUCUGGAACGGACAAGCAGCAGAAUGACUACAAGAGAGUCGUACCUAAAGUUUUGGAAGAAUCUUUGACAAGCGAGAAAUUUGAAUAUCUGAGACAUCUGUUGAACUGAAACUGAAAAUCUGUGACGUGCUGCUGGCAGCCAGUUAAACCUAGUGAAGGGACACAUGUUUGAUCACAUCAGCUGUAUCAGGUGAUUUCAUCGAAAGUUCGGGCAUCUUCGCCUUCAUUCCAAUAGAGUUUGGACGAGAUCGGGAGGAAACCCGAACCGGGAUUCGAACUCGGUCCGCUCACGCGCAAGAGGGUCAGAAGAUGUCAAGCAUAAAAGGCUCAUGGCUGUGCCGUUUGGUUGUAGUAGUGACAUUGGCAUGUGUCAUCUCUAUGAGCAUCAUGUUUUACAGGUUCUCGCCUUCUCACAAGUGUCCACUACCACUUCCUAAACCCAAACAAAACUCAGGACACAACUGUGCCAAGAGCAACAUCCCUCUUUCUGAUAAAGCAGAGGAGAAACCUAUACUUCUGUUAUGGACCUGGCCUGAAAAUUAUAGGUUUGCUUUCAACGACUGCAAAAAGUUUUACAAUAUUGAUAAUUGUCAACUGACGGAUGAUAGAGCUCUCUACAACGAUGCAGAUAACGUCAUUGUUUAUCAUAGAAACAUCCAAUGGCAUCUCUCCAACCUUCCUCCAUCUCCUCGUCCUCUGUUCCAAAGGUGGCUUUGGUUGCAUUUGGAAUCACCAACCAACACCAAAAGGAUUCCAGGUCUGGAAAACCUGUUCAAUCUCACUCUCAGCUACAGACAGGAUGCUGAUAUUCCUGUACGGAUGCGCUUGAUGACCAGGAAGAAACCUAAUGAGGAUUUUGUCAUUCCCAAAAAGGAUAAACUGGUGUGUUGGAUUGUAAGUAACAAUGAUCCCUCAACAGGUGUUGACACAAGGAACGUUUUUUACAGGGAACUCCGCAAAUACAUCAAAGUGACUUUGUUCGGAAAGGCUUAUUCAGGGCUUCUGAGUUACGACGACUACUAUCCAACCCUGGCCAGCUGCAAGUUUUACCUUGCCUUUGAGAACUCCAUCCACAAAGACUACAUCACUGAGAAGAUAAACGGGCCACUCGCGGCGGGGACCGUCCCUGUGGUGUUGGGUCCUCCGAGAAGAAACUAUGAGAACUUUGUUCCCGCCGAGUCCUUCAUUCAUGUCAAUGACUUCCCAGAUGCAAAGUCACUAGCCGAAUAUUUGCUUCAUCUGGACAAGGAUGAAGAUGCAUAUCGCAAGUACUUUAACUGGAGGAAACAUCUCACUCCAAGUCCUCAUUUAAUAUUCCAGAAUCAAGAGUUUAUUCUGGCUAUUUGCACUGCGUGUGACUAUAUCGCACGACACAGACAAUAUAAAGAAGCUCACGAUCUCUAUGAGUGGUACUUCAAUUGAUGUCGCCUCAGGUUUUGGUGACAAAUAUUUUUAAAUAAUUCAUUAAUCUUUUCAUCUGCAAAUCCCUUUUAAAUCACCUUUAUAUCAUAAUCAUGAAGAAAAACAACAGUUAUAAGUUAGUAGGUUUUUCCUCAUAUCUGUAAUUGUUGUUUGCUGGUUUCUUUUUCAAAUACAAAUGUCCUCAUAUGCA